AUGAAGCCGUCGCAGUCGAAGAAGAAGGGCAAGAAGAAGAAGUCCUCGCCGCCGUCCGCGGCGCCGGCCCCUGCGCCGGGGGAGGGGACUGCGGAUUCGGAGGCCUGCUCCCCGCUGCCCGGAACCCAAACCCUAGCCGCCGCCACCGCGGCGGCGGCGGUUUCGGAGACGGAGUCCAGCAGCAGCGGCGAGGCCUCGACGUGCGCGUCGUCGGCCUGCUUCACCGCAAGCUCGUCGGGGACGGCGUCCUCGUCCUCCUUCUCUGCCUUCUCCUCGUCGGCGUCCACCGCUUCGUCGUCGGCCGCCGGCGAGGAGCGGUGGGACCUCACGUGGCUGCUCGACGCGUUCGCCAGCGCCACCAUCGACCAGAUCGACUCCGCCUACCGCGAGGCCGGCGGGGACCCCUUCGUGGCCGCCGGCAUCCUGGGCUCCACGCAGGACACGCAGCCGCCGCAGCCACCACAGCCGGCGCCGCAGCCCCCGCCACCACCGGAUCUCUCGCCGCGCAGUGGAUCUGGUGGAAGGAAGGCUGGUCGGAGGCCCAAGCGGGUUGCGGUGGCCGCUACGGGCAUGGUCGCGGACGUUAUUGGCAAGGAAUACACGCGGCCCGCGACUACUCCUGUAAGCGUGCCAAAUGCGUGGAAGGGUCGGGAUGGGGAGAGGGAUGGCGGGUCUGGUGGCCGCAAGUACAGCGUUGAAGAGGCAGAGCAAUUCCUGUGCUCCAUGCUCGGGGAUAAUUCCGAGCUUGGCAUGGGUGUUGUCAGAGACGUGCUCGGUCAGUAUGGGUAUGAUGUUGAGAAGGCUUUGGAUGCAUUGCUUGAUAUAUCUGGUGUGUCUUCCGUUGAAAACAUGGAAACAAAUCAUCAAAAUGCUGGAAGGAAUGACACCCGGCAUCUAUAUAUGUUCCCUGGAAAUGGGUUAUCAGUGGACAAUCUGACUGCAGGGAAUAGAAGAAGUUUACGACAGUUGACAGAUGAGAUAUCCAACACUAGGUUCCAGUCUGAAUUAGGACAUGAGUUUUUGUGGGGUGAACCUCAGAUCAGCUAUGCGGAGGCUGUUAAAGAGUCACCACAUUCACCAACAUUGCCUUCAAGAUCAACUGUAGCGAAAGCUGGUCCACAACAAGUCCUCGAUUCAUUGUUUAAAAUUCCUGAAAUACGCACAUAUGAGCCAAGCUCUAUGGACUGGAAAAAGGUAGUAAAGAAACUGCAAACGUUCAAUUAUGCCGCCGCAUCAAACAACCAAGAAAGGCCUAAGAAUGGGGAUGGUUAUCGUGAGUUCCGUGGUGUUGCUGUGAGGCAUUAUGAUAAAAUGAAAGAAUACUAUCAGAAAGCUGCCCUGGCAUAUUCAAAGGGUGACAAGUCAUAUGCUUCUUACCUUGCUGAGGAGGGGAAACAUUAUCGUGAACUGGGUCGCUUAGAAGACGAGAAGGCCAGCAGGAAUAUAUUUGAAGCCAGAAAUAAGCAUAUAACGAAUACAAUAACCAUCGACUUGCAUGGCCAACAUGUCCAACAAGCUAUGAACCUUCUCAAACUUAACAUGAUGGUUUGUAUUUGCAUGCCAUCUGUCUUACUGAGGGUGAUUACUGGUUGUGGUUCAGAAGGUACAGGGAAGGGAAAAAUAAAGCGCUCGGUUAUAGAGCUUGCAGAGAAGGAACAUAUUGAGUGGCGCGAAGAGAACUCUGGAACUGUAGCCCUUCGGCUUGGGAGUUCCAUCCUCCAUUAUGUUGACAUAAGCCACAUGACUGUGAUUUCUCUCUUUUUUAUGAGCCAGGACCGUGCUUGCUGGGAUGACAGAACAACCUCUCUACUUCUUGACCUAAUCAUCCAGCAGAAAGACCUCUGUCACUGGAGCGGUGCCCAUGGUCCAACCUCACUAGGUUGGACCAAUAUCGUUCAUGCCUUCAACGAAGUCACGAACCUCGAGUACAACAAGAAAGUGUGCCAAAACAAGUACAACAAGCUGAAAUGUUGUUACUUAAAUUGGCGCGACGGACAGACCCAUACUAGGCUAGGCCGUGACCCGCUAACUGAAGAGGUUACAGCUGACCCCGAGUGGUACGGCGCCAGCCCCGGGGAAAGUAGCCAACCCGCUAGAAACAAGUUCAAACGGCCCCAAUGCUGUGAGCAACUGAUCACGAUUUUGGGACACACCCCAAGUGACAGGGGCCAGUUGGUAUCGACGGGGGGCCAUCGACCUGACAAGUCACCCAGUAAUGGAAGCCCUCGCACUCGUCCAUCCUUGUCGGAUGAGCCAGUCGUUCCACCUAGUAGUCAUCAGCCCUCGAAGCGAGCCCAUAGAGAAUAUUCAGUUAACAGUCCUCGCAGCAAGAAGAGUAGCCAAACUCCAUCCGUAGAAGAGUGCCUUGAAGACCUAGGCCAAUUUCUCAGAGAGGCUAGAUCCCAGAAGGCCCGUCGUAACGCCGAUGCUCAGGAGUUGGCCCAAGUCCAGGACAUUCUGAUUCAAGAUGGUAGCAUCAUGAGCAGCAUGAGGAGCACUGAUGAGUCGUCGUACAGCGACACUUCCAGUGAUGGACCGAGCACUGUGACCGUGGCAAAGGCAGCAUUCAUCUUGUUGAAAGGUAUUAUGUCACAGCAAAGGCCUGAGGUGCAUAAUAAGAGAAGCUUCCAGUUGACGGAAGAAGACGUGCUUCGUGCUUCUCAAGCUGUGCUUCCGAUUGCAAAGGGUGUUCCAAGUGGUGGGGACAAUCCUGUUGUGGUUCCAGGUGCAGGAAUUGGUGCCUUUGAUGCCUUGCAACAGCUUCCACAGGUUCUGAAAGGAGUGCCAGAUAGACCUGUAGUUGUGCUCGUGAAGUUAAGAGAAAUAAAAUGCAAAAUUGAUAGGCGCUCAUCAGCUAAAGAUCCUUCUAAUAGUAUUAUCUCUACAAAGGAAGUCGUAAGGGUUAUUGAAGGAGCAUGCAAGGGUAUGGACACAGCUGAUGCACGGCUUGGUGCUUUGAGAUCUUCAGCAAGCUGUCUGCAAUCUCCAGGAAGGCUGCCCCCAAGAGGACCUAAUAUGAAUUGUCGAGCGCUUCCUCCCCUCCCGCGGCUUGGUUUCUCCGCCAGCUUCGGCUACUCCACCGCCACCGAGGAGUCGACGCCCGCCGCGAGGCCCAAGGGCAAGGCCAAGGCCAGGAAGAACCCCAUGAAGCAGUCGCGCUUCGACUUCACCAAGGUGGACGCCGCGCUUCUCCCCACCGUCAUCCUCGUCGGCCGCCCUAACGUCGGCAAGUCAGCCCUAUUCAACAGAUUUAUACGGAGGAGGGAGGCGUUGGUGUACAAUACUCCUGGGGACCAUGUCACUCGUGACAUCCGUGAAGGAGUUGCCAAGCUUGGAGAUCUCCGUUUCCGCGUGCUUGACUCAGCUGGACUUGAGACUGCAGCAACAUCUGGGAGCAUUCUCGCUCGGACCGCAGAUAUGACAGGGAAUGUAUUGGCUAGGUCUCAAUUUGCCAUUUUCUUGAUUGAUGUGAGGGAUGGUCUGCAGCCGCUGGAUCUUGAGGUUGGGCAAUGGCUGCGGAAGCAUGCAUCUGGGAUACAUACGCUUGUUGCGAUGAACAAGUCUGAGUCACUUGAUGAGCAUGGACUUCUGACUGCUGCUGCUGGAGAAGCACACAAGUUGGGGUUUGGUGAUCCUGUUGCAAUAUCCGCAGAGACAGGCCUGGGGAUGGCAGAACUCUAUGAGAUACUCAGGCCAUUGUUUGAGGAAUACAUGUUUCAGCUUCCAAACAAUGACCUCAAUCAAGAUGAUCCUACCUCGGAGGUUGAAACUGAGGCCCAUGAAGGUGACGAGAGCAAGUUACCUUUGCAGUUGGCAAUUGUGGGACGUCCUAAUGUUGGGAAGUCCACCCUUUUAAAUACCUUGUUGCAAGAACAGAGAGUUCUUGUUGGUCCAGAGGCAGGUCUAACAAGGGACUCGAUUCGGGCUCAGUUUCAAUUUGAUAAUCGAACCGUGUAUUUAGUGGACACUGCAGGUUGGAUGGAAAGAUCAGGGAAGGAGAAAGGGCCAGCAUCUUUGAGUGUUGUGCAGUCUAGAAAGAACCUAAUGAGGGCUCACAUUGUUGCUCUUGUGCUGGAUGCUGAAAAGAUUGCUAAGUCCAAAAGUAGCAUGAAUCACCCAGAAGUCGUGAUAGCACGGCAAGCAAUAGAAGAGGGCCGUGGACUCGUUGUGAUUGUCAAUAAAAUGGAUCUCCUUAGAGAUAACCAAACGCUGUUUAACAAGGUUAUGGACGCUGUUCCUAGUGAAAUUCAGACAGUCAUUCCUCAGGUGACAGGAAUACCGGUUGUUUUUGUGUCAGCACUGGAGGGGAGGGGACGGAUUGCUAUGAUGCGCCAGGUUAUAGAUACCUAUGAGAAAUGGUGUUUAAGAUUGUCAACAUCACGGCUCAACCGUUGGUUGCGUAAGGUUAUGAGCAGACAUUCCUGGAAAGAUUCAGCUACUCAGCCAAAAGUCAAGUACUUCACUCAAGUGAAGGCGCGACCACCAACAUUUGUUGCCUUUAUGAGUGGGAAGACUCAGCUUUCUGAUACAGAUAUUAGGUUCUUGACAAAGUCUCUCAAGGAAGAUUUCGACAUUGGGGGAAUACCGAUCCGGAUCGUACAACGUUCUAUUCCAAGAAAAGCUUCUGCAAAGAGCAACACAAGGAACACUGGGCCUAGGAUUGUCAGGAUGAAAACAGACAAACGAACAACGGUAUCUGACCCUGCUCUGUCAUAG